AUGACACCAACUACGUCCACGACCACAACGACAACAACGACGACUUCAACCACAAUUCAAUUGAACGAUGAUCAAGAUGAUGAUGAUAAUAGUAAUAAUACAGAUGACCUGGACAGCAUUGACCUUGAUGUCCCCAACAGCGACAACAAGGUCAACAACAACAUUGAUGGACACAGUGAUGUUGUGAAUAGUGAAGAGGAGAGAAGGCACAUUGACAGUGAUGAUCAUGAUGAAGAAGAUGAUGAAGAUGAUGAUGAACUUAUCGAUCAGAAAGCAGAUAUAUUCAUAUCAUCAUUACAGAUUAGUACACCUGCUUUGUAUGAUAACUAUGGAUUCAUGGUCGAACCUGACUUGAUACAGACACAUCUUAUUUAUAAGGACAAAGUGUUGCUACAUGAGAAACAACGCAAGAUUGCAUGGAUGGCAUAUAUCGAGACGAAUCCUGGAUCAUUCCAAACACUCUCACUCAAUCUACCUCCAAUGUCAUCGGUCAACACUACUUAUCGUCUGGCAUGUGCGCCCAAGCCACUAAAGGCAAUGAUACGCAAGGGUGUCCCCGCAGAGUUCCGCUCAACAGUAUGGAUGCGAUGUAGUGGUGCCUAUCUUCGUCUAAAGCGCAAUCCAGAUGAAUACUACAAUAUAUUGGAGGCAUAUCGCGGCAAGACAUCAGUUGCCACCAAACAGAUUGCACUGGACAUUGAUCGAACAUUUCCCGAUCAUCAAUAUCUCAACACAAAGGAGCAUCUCGAUCAGCUGACCAAUGUCUUGACCGCAUAUUCAUGGAGGAAUCGUUCGUAUCCCAUCUGGACUACAUUCAUUGAUUGA